AUGACCAUUGCUUACAUGUACAAGACUUGCAAAUGGGUUCUCGACGGAUUGACCUUUGUUCCAGGCUUCGAUCACCUGAACAUCAUUGAGGAUAGUAACGACGAAGAUGACCUAUCCUUAUCACUUUCAGCACUAUCGUCCAGCAACAGCAGCAAUGCACAUCAGCAAAAAGCCAGCAAGAGCAACAACCGUUCCCACAUGCCAGCUCCACUGUAUCGUCUAUGGCAAUUGUGUCGACAAGGACAUAUUUUAUGCUCUCUUUUCAAUUUGUUGAAACCAGAAGCAGCUAUCGACCUAACCUUCGAGCAAAAUUCUUGCAAAAAGCAGCAUCAAGUCUUCGUCUAUCGAUUCAUCAUUGCCUGUCGACACCAUUUAACGUUGAACGAAGAUGAUCUUUUUACGGUAUCCGAGAUGUAUCAAGACAAUGCGAUCGGGUUCAGCAAGGUCAUCAACACAUUACAUACAAUUUUAACUUUAUUACACGAAGGAGGUAUCCUUAGUUCAGAGUACCCGCCCCCUUCCGAUGCGGAAGAAAAGACAAAAGAGCAAAAGAGUAACCAACAACAGCACGCAUCAUCAUCAUCGUCAUCGUCAUCGUCAUCGACAGCGUCAGCAGCAUCUCCUACUCCAACAUUACGCGAUAAAGUGAUUAUCGAACUGCUACAAACCGAGCGCAAGUAUGUCGAGUAUCUUGAAACAAUCCAGAAUUAUGCUCAUGAGCUGCGAUCACAGCGCAACAUCGUUUCAUUGGAUACUCUGCAUCAUAUUUUUGGCAACCUCAAUGCCCUUAUUGACUUCCAGCUCCGGUUCCUUAUGCAAGUCGAGUAUCAUGCUGAGCAUCCUCAAGGAAACUUUGGCCGGGUAUUGGUCGAGCUCGAGGAAUCGUUCUCAGUGUAUGAACCCUACUGCGCCAACAUGCAGCAUGCACUGGAUCUCGUCGUGCAAUGGGCACCCCAGCUUUCCUCAACAAGCGUCGAACCCAAUUACGAGCUACCAUCGCUUCUCAUAAAACCUGUCCAGCGUGUAUGCAAGUACCCUCUGCUGUUACAGCAGCUAAUGAACUAUACUCCCGAUGACUGGCCACACUACGACGACUUGCAGCGGGGCAUGGAAGCCAUGGAACGCGUAGCAUCUAGAGUGAACGAAACCCGCCGUUUACAGGAAAAUAAGCAACGGGUCAAAGAACUUAAAGAACGCGUGGCGGAUUGGAAAUCCAUCACCAACGUCGAUGAACAGUGUGGUAUGCUACUGCUACAUGACAAAGCAAUCGUACACCACAGAAAUACAACCAAAGAAGUGCAUCUUCAUUUAUUCGAAAAAAUGAUUAUGCUCUGUGCCGAAGUCGCGAGCAAAAAAGCCAAGAAAAAGAAAGACGGACCGUUGUGGAUAUUGGGAUUAAUCAAAAUUAGCAAUGUGGCUCAAGUGGAUCAUGGUGCCGUUGCACUAUCGCUGCAAAUAUUCUGGCUGAAGGACUCGGAUCUGGAAUCGUUCACGUUAGAAUACAGAAACGACGAGCAACUUACUCAAUGGGAAUCCGUGCUUGAGAAACUCAUCCGACAGCAAACUAGAAACAAAAGGCUAUCUAGCCUUGUCACUUGCGGUCUCAAAAGCCAUCACGACCACGAAGAUUUAAUGGAAACGCUCUCGCCAACGUUUCUAUCGUAUGCAUACAUGAACAGACUCCCUGUUCGAGGCGGUUAUUACGAUCAAUUACCAGAGUUGUUUGAUAACGGAAACAACGAAGUAGUUACGCCAACCCGGACGUCUUCAUACAGCCAUUACUUUUAUCACCAAAACAGCGCUAAUCAUCCCGGAAGGAACAAUGAUAAUAAUAGCACAACACCACAUCAUCUACAUCAAACUGGCCCUUUACCGUCACCGAACUCACCGUCAACGUCGCUGCCUUUCAGUAGUCGAAGUAGUAGUACAUGUGGACCGCCAUCACCUCCACAAAGUGGUAGUAGUCCACCAUCCCCAAGCGUUCAGGCAGCUUACGAAAUCGAAGAGCACGAUCAACAGCACAUUAUUACCCUGCAAGCAACAACCCGAGGCCGAUCACAAAGUAGCCCUAACAUCAGCACGAAUACAGCAAUAGGAGCAGCCAAUUCUGCAAAUUCCCGUAGUCGUCCUCCACGAUCAACAUCUCAAAUCAUACGAAGAACAACCACGGUUAAAGUAAAGCUCUUUUACAGUCGACAUAGUGCAUUCGUGUUUUAUGCGCCACAAGAUAUCAAUUAUCAAGAUUUGCGGACGCUGGCUGAACGCAAAACUCGCAUGAAAGGUCUCAGCGGGGACUUUAUCAUGUAUCGUGACGAAGACGGCGAUUUGAUAACGAUCAAUAGUGACGAAGAUAUCACUAUGGCAUUUGACUCUGCGCCAAGAUCCGACAAUGCAAUUCAUCUAUUCAUUUCAACCCAAUAA